GGCAGCUCCGGGUAGGGACCGAGCUGGGGAGGCAGGCUCUCCUUUGCCCGGCUGGCCGCCAGUCCCGAGGGAGCCUUGCGCAGCCGGACAAUGCAUCAGUUCCCUUUGGGUGUCUAUCUCUUUCUAUUUUGGUCUUUUUCUGUGUGUACGUGCCCAUGUCACCCUCUCUGUCUGCUGCUUCCCUCCCAGGCUGGCCACCAUCCCUGGCUUUCUGCAGCUGUGAACGGCUCAGCGGGGCAGGUGCCCCAGAGGCAACUUCCGGAGGUGCUGGGCGGGACCUGGGAACCACCUCAAGGGGUCGGGCUGCCCCUGCUAACUGUCAUUGUCACUGCCUUUGUCUUGCUGGCAGUCUGUAUCGUGGUGGCAGUCCACUGUGGGCCAAGGCUACACAAGGGCCAUGCCACUCUCGCCACAGAGCCACCAUCCCCAAAGCCAGAGGGUGGCAUCUCUCUCACCCACUGGCGAGUGCUGGGCCGUCAGGACAGUCACGAAGACGCCCAGCAGGAACCUCCUGGCUCUGACUCCUGCCCUGUGCCAGAUGGGCCCAGGUUCAGCAUUGAUGAAGUCACAUUUCUGUAGGAGGGAGACUUUGGAAAGUUGGCCUGACCUGGCUCAGAACAAGAAACUGGACAGAGAAUUAGGGCAAAAGCAAAUUGGGGCCUGGGCAUCAGCGCUUCGUAAGGGCACACAUGGACUUAGCUGGAGCUGCCCUCUCAGCAGAGUAUUUAUACAGAAAGCCCUGUCAUGGACCAAAGAAAUAAAAGAAGCUUGAAUGCUGCUGUGAGCA